AUGGCAAUUGAAAAGGAUAAUGAUAGAGCUUCAUAUUUAGUACAAAAAGCAGAAGUUAUAGCAGAAAUCGAACUUUUUUAUUUGUUACCUCAUCAAAGACGUUGGAAAACUUGGUUUCCUGAAGUAAUUUAUUAUACUGUAGAAGUUGAGAAAGCUCGAAAAUACAUUAGAGAAGCAAUCAUAAAAGGUGAAUGGAAAAUGGAUGAUUGGCCUGAAAUGAAACAUAAAAUUUUAAAGCUUCUUAGCAUCGAAGAUGUUAUUAUAGAUCUAGCAGUUUAA